GAAGUGAAAUGAUAUGGGUAUUUAAGUUUAGUACUUUCAAAGACUUGUUAAAGUUGAAAUAUAUGAGAUUAUAUAAGUUUCAUGUGAAUUAUUUGGUUUCCAAAUGUUUAUUUAUGCUUGUUAUAGUUUUGAUCAUAAAAACUAUAUUACUUCCCAACUUAUUCACCCUUGAUGGAUCCAAAAACUACGAAAUGGCCCUUUUGAAACCGGAAAAUGUAAGAAAGAAGUUCUUAGAGGUGCCACAAAUUGUAUGGGGGUUAAAUAAUCAGAAGAUUGCUUUUGCAAGAGCUUGUUUAACUGCAAGGAUGUUAAAUAGAUCCCUUUUAAUGCCUAGUUUAAGUGCAUCUUUAUUUUACAAAGAAAUCGAUAAAUUAGAGCCUAUUUCGUUUGAUAAGGUUUUCGACUAUGAGAAGUUUAAUUCUCUUUGUGAUGGUUUUGUGCAUUUGAGUCAAUAUUCUAAUGUUAGGAAUCAAAGUGAUGUAUUUGAGCUUCAAAAAGGGAGUGGUAGGAGAUGGACUAUUGAAAAAGAUUUUGAUCAAUUGAAAGAGUUUAGUAAAGAAGAUUACGAUUUAUAUGAGACUAUUCGUGUAGUUGGGAAGAAUCCGUUUCUAUGGCAUGAUCAUUGGCCGGUUAGCGAUUAUGCUAAGGUGUUUGAAUGUUUAGUAUUAGUAGGCGAAAUUUCUCAAGAAGCGAAUAAGGUUGUGUCAAAGAUUAGAGAGUUUGGAAAUGAAGUAAAUAGUGUUACAUCCUAUCAAACACCAUAUGUUGCAAUUCAUAUGAGAAUUGAGAAAGAUUGGAUGAUACAUUGUAAAAAGCGUGAACAAAGAUCAAACUUAUCCGACAUUUGUAGUAGUAAAGAGGAAAUCAUAACUAGAGUGGCAAAUAUUGCAGCCCUAAGACCGCCAACAGUUCUUUACCUAGCCGUGGCUAAUGAACUUCUUGAAGGAAAUUCCGUUUUAAAUGGUUGGAAAGAAGGUAUGCAUCCGGUUGAUAAGAAAGGACUAGGUGUAGUCGAUAUAUACAAGCAACAUCCGUAUCUAAUCCAAGCAGCAAUAGACUAUGAAGUUUGCUUGAGGGCGGAUGUGUUUGUGGGCAAUAGUUAUUCCACAUUUUCUAGUCUUUUGGUCCUCGAGAGAUCACAAAAGAUGAUCAAAUCGGGCAUUUCUAAUGCGUGUGGGAUCGAAGGAAGGUGGCCUUCGUAUGCUUAUAACUUAGAAGGGGAAUCCAGUGGUCCGCGACCAUGGAUGACAAAUUUUUCGGAUUCAAGUUUACAAGCAAUUAGUUAUGGUUCGAAUAGUGUCUCUUGUUGAGUGUUAUUUUUUUUUUCUUAUAAUCAAAGUGGCCACAUUCACACAAUCACACAUACUUCCACUCAAAAAUAUUAGUUCACUCGAAUUCUUUUAGUCCUGUUCAAAUAUUCAUUUUUGUUAAUAUGUUAGCUUGUAAAAGAACCCUAUUCAUUGAGUACUUUAUGUUAUUAUCCAAUUUGUAAAUCAAAUGCAAAUUUCCAUGUUCUUUUGUUUUGAAA